AAAGAGAAAAUAUUAGAUACAGUAGUGUAGAACGAGAGCAAGCCUGGAAGUUACACUUUCACCUUAUACUUGGGAUCCGAAUCCCAAAACCCACUGGCACUGCGCAGAAAUACUAGAAAAAUUAAAGUUUUGAUUGAAUUCCCGUUCUAAUAAGAGUCCCUUACACGUUCCUCUCAACGACUCCAACUCAACCCCUUCAAAGACGAUAACUCCAAAUUUCUCUGAUUCUUCUCUCUUCUCUUUUCUUAAUUUUUAGCUUUGGGUUUGGUCAAAAUUCAAAAUUCAAAUGUGAACAAACUAAACUAAACAAAACCAUAACUAUAAAUACAUAGAUCUAACCAUGUUUAAUUCCUUAGAUUGUAUCGAAACGUAGGAACUGUAAAAAGAAAUAAAAGGCAGCUGGUUUCUAGAGUUUCAACAUGACUAGAACUAGGGAUUCUUGUGAUGGUCCGACCACCAGCGAUGUCAUCUGCAACGCUUGUGCUGGUGCCUCUGCUGGUGCUAUUGCUGCCACCUUUGUGUGCCCAUUGGAUGUGAUCAAGACAAGGCUACAGGUCCAUGGCCUUCCUCCUGUUCAUAAAGGUAGCAUCAUUAUUACAAGCCUAAAGGACAUAUUAAGAACUGAAGGUUUCAAGGGAAUGUAUCGUGGCCUUUCACCAACAAUUGUAGCACUACUUCCAAAUUGGGCAGUCUACUUCACAGUUUAUGAGCAACUAAAAGGGCUACUUCAUUCACAUGGGGAUAGCGACAAUCAACUUACAUUUGGUGAAAAUAUGCUAGCUGCUGCAGGUGCUGGCGCUGCCACUUCCAUUGCAACAAAUCCAUUGUGGGUUGUUAAGACCAGACUCCAAACACAGGGAAUGAGGCGGGAUGUAAUUCCUUACAAAGGUAUGCUUUCUGCUUUGACAAGGAUAGCACAUGAGGAAGGCAUUCGAGGAUUGUAUAGUGGCAUUGUUCCUUCAUUGGCCGGGAUAAGUCAUGUUGCCAUUCAAUUUCCUGCAUAUGAAAAGAUCAAGUCUUAUAUGGCGAGAAGGGGUAACACAACAGUUGAUACGUUGAGUCCAGGAAACGUUGCUGUUGCAUCGUCAGUAGCAAAAGUAGUUGCCUCCGUGAUGACUUACCCACAUGAGGUAGUGCGUUCCCGGCUGCAAGAGCAAGGGCAGGCCAGAAAUACUGAAGUCCAAUAUGCAGGGGUUAUUGAUUGUGUUAAGAAGGUGUUCCGAAAGGAAGGCCUUACUGGCUUUUACCGUGGUUGUGCAACUAAUCUGUUGAGAACAACUCCAUCCGCUGUUAUUACAUUUACCAGUUACGAGAUGAUACGUAGAUUCUUGGAGCGGGUUGUACCUCCAGAUAAUAAGCAUUGACAGCUCCACCAAGGGUCUCCACGGGGCAACGGAUGCACUGGAGGAGAUUAUGACACUAACUUGCGGCAAUCAUAAAACCCAUUUGACUAGCAGCAGACAGUGAUUGACUAAUUUUUUGUCCUCUGUACCGUUAGAGAAUUUUUGUUUCCAAAGAAUAGAAAUGCUCAGUUAGCUUAAAUUUGUCCAGCUGAAACGAAAAAAAAAAAAGAAAAAAGAAAAAAAAAAGUCCAGCCCCCAAAAAAAUAACUUAAAUGUGAAGGUGAAUAAAAGCAAUUGCAUUUUUUUGAAAACAAUUUAAUUUGAGUUCAAUAUUGUAAUUAGUACUUCCCAUAUCUCCGUUCAAUUCGGAAUGUGGACUUGGCAUUUUAUUGAGUUUGUCAAGAAAAAAAAAAUGUAAUAAUUCUGGUUUAUAGAAGCAAAAGUUGUAAGUUCGAUUGGAUGAGCAAGAAUCUUCUAAAGUGA